AUGGCGUCCCUCUUGCGCCAAAUCGUCGCCUCUCCUCGCGUUCGCCAUGAGGAAGCAGAACUUGACCUCUGCUAUGUCUGCGACAACAUAAUAGCUACCUCCGGCCCGUCAGCGACAUAUCCUCAAGUUGCCUACCGUAACCCACUCAAGGACCUGGUCAAAUUCUUGGACCGGAAGCAUGGCACUAACUGGUCGAUAUGGGAGUUUCGAGCGGAAGGCACAGGCUAUACCGAUGACGAGGUCUAUGGCAGAAUAAGGCAUUACCCAUGGCCGGAUCACCAUCCACCACCUUUCGCACUUGUGCCGUUGAUCAUGGGGUCGAUGAGGAAUUGGUUACACGAUGGUGAGGGCAGGGUUGCCGUGGUGCAUUGUAAGGCUGGGAAGGGCAGGAGUGGGACCAUCGCAUGCAGCUAUCUGAUUAGCGAGCAAGGUUGGACGCCAGAAGAGGCUAUGGAGAGAUUCACAUCGAGAAGGAUGCGGCCGGGGUUUGGUGCUGGGUUGAGCAUUCCUAGUCAGAGGAGGACGAUCACGUAUGUGGAUCGAUGGACGAAAGGUGGCAAGGUAUACAUGGAGAGGAGCGUGGAAGUACUGGAGAUACAUGUCUGGGGUCUGAGGAAUGGUGUCAAGGUUGCUGUGGAAGGUUAUGUGGACGAAGGCAAGGUGAUUAAGAACCAUCAUACUUUUAGUACCGAGGAGCGAGAGAUUCUGAGAGGCGGUAUAAGAAAUGACGUGGGUUUCGCGAGCGUGACGAUGGAAGUCGUGGGCAAGAAGCCGCGAAAGGACGGCCUCAAUACUUCGAGUGGGGAGGCUACACCUAUUGGCGCACCGUCUGAGAAGGGUGAUCUCGAUAGGACGGGAUCGGAUCUGCUGCAAGAAGGCGGCGAUGUUGUGUUCCGUCCUUCGAAACCUAUCGUACUACCGUCCAACGACAUCAACAUCGACGUCGAGCGGAGGAACAAGUCCAGGUACGGCGGCUUCGCCAUGGUGAGCGCAGUAGCACACGUGUGGUUCAACACUUUCUUUGAAGGCAAUGGUCCCGAACAAGGUGGAGGCGCCGAUACAUCAGGUGUCUUUGAAAUCGAGUGGGACGCCAUGGACGGCAUCAAGGGCAGCAGUCGCAAGGGCACACGUGCUUUCGAUAAACUGGCCGUGGUCUGGAAGAGUGCCGAUGAGGGCAACCCCGGUAUCAUCAUUCCUGAGCCUCAGCCGGGCGAGGAAGCCAAGCAGAUGCGAUCGGCGAAUAUUGCAGCUGGCAAAGGAGCCGACGAGAGAAGUCAAGAUUUCGAGAAGAAGUUGGGUCUGCGAGAGCCGGACUCCGCGAGCGCGGCGAUUAGUCGCGCGAGCAGUAUGGAGGAUGUUAGGCAUGGUAGUGAGGGAGAGGUGGCGGACGAGAUCGAAGGCGUACAGUCGUAUCACGAGAGCGAGGGCCAUCACAAGGGCACAGCCUCGGAAGGGCCGGAUCAGUAUCAUGGUCGGGCGCCUACGGAGACGGAUGUGCAUGGGAUUGCGUCCGGGGUGAAGCACAGUACUGCUUGA